AGAAAAAUGAAUCGAUACUACUUUCAAUUUACAAAUCAUUUCCCACGAAGAACGGUUCCAUCUGUUAAAGUCAAGUAAAUAAUGGUCUGUCGGAGAUCGCCUGCAAUCGUCACAUUAAAAUUCGUCAGGAAGAAAUCUGACAACGAACGUACGUGGAAAUGGGAGCGCCCGGGCGCACCCCACGGUUAUUAGAAACUAUUUCGUAUCGAACAUGGAGCUGGUUAGCUCGUGUUUAUCGUUCAGAAAAAUUCAGUAUUCGCGGGAACGCGUUUGACGUUCCGUCAAACGGAUUCAAACGCUCCCUCACGUUUGGUCGGUGAUCCGAAGAAGCAAGAAGAAGAAGGAAAUUCAAUAAAAAAUUUGAGUCAGCUGAAAAAACGUAAAUGGGCAAUAAAGUGGCGAUUUUUUCUGAAGAACAGUUGAACGAUUAUCAGGAUUGCACUUUUUUCACGCGCAAAGAAAUUCUGAGAAUCUUCAAACGUUUCCGAGAGAUGGGGGAUCCGGGUAUGGUGCCACGAAGCAUGACUCCCCAGGAAGCUGCGAAUCUGCGAUUACCCUCGUCUUAUUUAGCCCGGAUACCAGAACUCAAGGAGAAUCCAUUCAGAGAACGUAUUUCGGAGGUAUUUACAAAUUCGGAAGCGAACAGCAGCAGCGCGGAGGGCAUUUGUUUCGAGGAGUUUCUUGAGAUGAUGUCUGUAUUUUCCGAGCACGCACCGAGGGAUCUAAAGGUCUUCUAUGCAUUCAGAAUUUACGAUUUCGACGAGGACGGUGUAAUUGGGACUGCAGAUCUGGAGAGAACGUGUCGUCAGUUGGUUCAGUCUGGUCUGACGAGCGAGGAGAUAGGAACGAUCUGUCGAAAAGUUCUGGAAGAGAGUGACAUCGAUGGGGACGGUGCAUUAUCCUAUCUCGAGUUCGAGCACGUCGUCACCAGGGCUUCGGAUUUCUUAUCAACGUUUCACAUUCGAAUAUAAAUAAAUGAAAUCUAAGGUAUUUCAUUCGGUGAAUAACUAUCUAAUUAAUAAAAAAUGAAACAUUGUUCGAAGCUGUGCAAUUAGCUACACUUAUAGGUAAAAUUUUCCUUCAUAAAUUCAUGCGUUCAAAUGGUUAAAGGUUUUAAGUACAGUAUAAAUAUGAAUAAACAUGACAAAACUUGGAGGAUAAAAAAUUGUACACGAUCUCUGAGUUCCUCGACCCGAUCGACUGGUUUUCCCGCUCCUUCCAACUUCAUUGUCGCGUGUA